CAGCAGCCCCAAAGUGGGGGGUGACCCUCCCCGCUCUCCAUCCCCCGGAGCGGGUGCAGGGAGGGAGGCCGGCUUUGCGCCCCGCAGCUGCUGCGUCUGCAAAUUACUGAGAGCUACGCCUUCCUUUCUCCCCGGUGCACGUCUCUCGAGCGCGCUAGAGGCAUCAUCUUCCCCGAGGCUGCAUCUGCCUACAACAGUAGCCUCUUCCCCAAAAUACAAUACAUAGCCAAGGUCCCUUCGGCCUCCGAAUAAAAUAUUUGAGUGCCCCCCCCCCCGUUGAUGGGCAUAGCCACUCAAAUGGUACGCGUGCGCCGUGUCUUGUGAUCGAUGAUGCGGGGCGGGGCUUACUUGGGGCCCCCAAUAUUUUAUUCAAGUUGGCACCAUUGAUGCAAUGUGGCAUUACAAUGCCCAUUGUAUCUAAUCCAUUUCAGCAUUCCUGGCCUCCUGUAUACCGUGUGCAUCUGUUCAGUGGGCUCAGCGAAUAGCCCAAAAUGUCCAUUUCGGUUAUGUGUGCGUUCCCGGUAGAUGGAUCUAAAAGUAUUGGUUUAGGUUUUUUUAAAAAAAGAAUAAGAGAAAGAGGCGUUCGUUUGGGUACUGAUCGCUUUCUCCCUUCUUCCAGCUGCCUGAUUUUGCGUUAAAUGGACCUCAUAGAUACUUGUAGACCGGGUUAAGUGUUCUUUAAAAAAUGUCAGCCGAUAUACCAUUCAACAUCAAUAUCAAAGAGCCUCGCUGGGAUCAAAGCACGUUUAUUGGACGAGCGAGCCAUUUCUUCACCGUCACUGAUCCUAGGAAUAUUUUGUUGUCCAAUGAGCAACUAGAAAAAGCAAGAAAAAUUGUGCAUGAUUACAGACAAGGAAUUGCACCCCCUGGAUUAACAGAAGAUGAACUAUGGAGAGCGAAAUAUAUCUACGAUUCAGCCUUCCAUCCAGAUACUGGGGAAAAGAUGGUUUUAAUUGGCCGCAUGUCUGCUCAGGUGCCCAUGAACAUGACCAUUACUGGCUGCAUGAUGACCUUUUAUAGAACUACUCCAGCAGUGGUCUUCUGGCAGUGGAUUAACCAGUCGUUCAAUGCCAUCGUAAAUUACACCAACAGGAGUGGAGAUGCUCCAAUUACUGUCAGCCAGCUGGGAACAGCCUAUGUUUCUGCCACCACAGGUGCUGUUGCAACCGCUCUAGGACUUAAUGCACUAACAAAGCAUGUCUCACCUCUUAUAGGACGUUUUGUUCCUUUUGCUGCUGUAGCUGCUGCUAACUGCAUUAAUAUCCCAUUAAUGAGGCAAAGGGAACUAAAGUAUGGUAUUCCCAUUACAGACGAAAAUGGAAACCGAUUGGGUGAAUCGUCCAAAGCUGCCCAACAGGCCAUUGUGCAGGUGGUUAUCUCAAGGAUCCUUAUGGCUGCUCCUGGCAUGGCCAUUCCCCCAUUCAUAAUGAAUUCUUUGGAAAAGAAGGCAUUUUUAAAGAGGUUUCCGUGGAUGAGUGCCCCCAUUCAAGUGGGUUUAGUUGGCUUCUGUUUGGUGUUCGCAACGCCUCUGUGCUGUGCAUUAUUUCCACAAAAAAGUUCCAUGUCUGUAACUCGUCUGGAGCCAGAAUUACAAGCCAAGAUCCAAAAGAGCAGCCCUGAAUUGGAGCGUGUGUAUUUUAACAAAGGGUUAUAAUUUGUAGAAGACAAAAUAUCCCUCAGUGACAAUUAGGUGAACUUAUUUUAAAUUGUGAGAAAGCCUUGGUGAAGACAACUCGGUCCUAGUGUAUUAUUUCAAUUUUACACUUUUCUUUUCUUUUAACACUGAGGUUAUUUAAGCAUUGCAAUAUAAUUUUCCUAAUUAUGGUUUCAAAUUGCUGUCGAUGCCAUUACUUCAUUGUCCACUUUGUUUUUCUGCUGCCAAUAUUUAAAACAGUUCCCAUUAACUACUCUCAAGAAGCUAAAGAUGAGAUUCCUUUGGAAAAUGUUGCAGGCAGAAGGGGAUCACAGGAUGCUAUUUUAUAUUUGCUGCCUUUCUCAAUUUUGCCCUGCAGUAGGGUUGCCAUACGUCUGGGAAUUCUCCAUCAGAUUCGUUUCCUCAAAGGCCCAGAGUGUGAAUGUGUGGUUUGCAUUUGAUACUGGGUUCCUAAGUUGCCUUAUCUCAGUUAUGUAACAAGUAUUUAGGGAUGGGUGGGGGAAGAGUGAUGGGUGGGAAAACUUGAAUGAUGUAGAGCAGGCACCCCCAAACUGCGGCCCUCCAGAUGUUUUGGCCUACAACUCCCAUGAUCCCUAGCUAAGAGGACCAGUGGUCAGGGAUGAUGGGAAUUGUAGUCCAAAACAUCUGGAGGGCCGAAGUUUGGGGAUGCCUGAUGUAGAGCAAAGGAAAGAUAUCUUCCCCUAUCACUUCUGAAAUCACUUAACUAAUACAGUCAAAGGAAACUGGUAAUCACAGAAAACAUAGCAUCUUACAGUGUGCAAAGUUCCCACAGAUGGGGCAAACUCACCAAAUUGCUACACAUUGCCUUGGAGCCUAUCCAAGUGUUGUGCAGGGUGCAUGGUACAAUCCUCUCAUUAGGGGUUGCAUUUUAAAUGUGUCCCAUGUUAAAACGUGUGCAUAUAAAGUUAGUAUACUGUACUAUGCUAACUCUCUGUGUGCAGAAAAAAACACCCUGUUCAAUGUGUGAAUUCACUGUUAGUCAUGGUCCCUGACAUACUGCAGUGUUGGGCAGGAUCCUAUAGGAAUUCUCUAAUGGCUGCCAAACUUAAUUUGUGCUGCUUAAUUAGUGGCUGUUGCCAAAUUAUUGGGGAGAAGGGAAAUCAAGAGACUAGGUUUCUACAUUACAUUCAUGAGUUUCGUUUGCCUUAACUGACAUGUUCCCCCCAGAGAUGGGGGUAUAUUCAUUCUCUUUUUCCUAGCCUUAUUUUUUUCAUAUCUGACAAUCACAUUCUUGAUACAAUAUUUUAAGUCCAGUCACAUGAAAACACUAUGCUGCUAAAAACAAUGGCAAGAGUGCCCCAUUUUCCACCCCAAAUGAGUUGUGUCACUUUAUAAUAUUGGUGGUUGUUGGUCAACUGUUUUAAGAAGCACAGGCAUUGUUUAUGACACUUUUAACCCACUGCUUAUUGAUUAUGUUUUGCAACCCUUAUUUAUACAGUGAUCCUGUGAGGGGUAGGCUGCUAUUAUUUCUGGAAACCAGGGCAGACCAAACCUUUCUCCCCACCCCCCAAAAGCCACCUGGCAAGACUAUGUCUGAGUUAAGAUUUAAACCCAGGUUCUAAUACUCUGUUCACCAAUCAUCAACAUUUCACUGUAAUUUCAGUAUGCCUGACAUACCUACUUCAUUGCUAUGGUAACCUUUUCAUGUAUGGUAAACCACUUUUAAUGUCACAGUGAAGCCCCCUUUGUACUGGUAUCAAUAGAUCUACCUCUGUACUCAACAAAAUUGUUAGCCAGCAUAGACCCUGGCCUUUGUCCAUGUUCAAAAUAAUACCCAACAGUGAGUGUUGUCCUACCAAUGUGGUAGUAACUUUAUAUGAUAGCUAUUGUCUAGAUGUGUUAGACACAACAUAGAAUUGAAACAUGCCAUACAGCAGAGUCUUGUUUAGCUGCAGGUGACGUUCAUCUUCGAACUGAAAGAGGAGGAGAUCUAAUGCUUGAUCUGAACAUUUUGCUUUGAAAGACCCACCAACAGUGAGAUUUGCAGAGUAAAGUCUGUGGUUUUCAAGCUGUUUUCCGGGAAGGCCUCUGGGGUUGCUUGGAAGCUUAUCAUGUUUUUCUCAGUGAUAGGAUCAAUAUCAGGAGACAAGCUUUGCUGAAAGGCAGCUUAGCAAGCACUACCUGCCUUCCCUACAGCAAGGAGGAGAGCAUCUGAUAUAUUGUAAAUUUCACUCUCAGCUCGUAUGGGACAAUGAUGAGAAGGUCAACAGGCCUGGCUGAAGCCCCAGAUGAACCAAGCUGACUGUGUACUCUAUACCAGUGUUUCCCCAACUUGGGUCUCCAGCUGUUUUUGGACUACAGCUCCCAUCAUCUCUAGCUAGCAAGACCAGUGGUCAGGGAUGGUGGGAAUUGUAGUCCAAAAGCAGCUGGAGACCCAAGUUGGGGAACCACUGCUCUAGAACAAGGGUGGCUAAUGCUUGGUUCUCCAGAUGUUGCUGGACUGCAGUUACCAUCAUCCUUGACCAUUGGUGCUGCUGGCUGGGGCUGGUGGGAGUUGGAGAUCAGCAACACAUGCAGGGCUGCAGGUUACUCAGCCAUGCUCUCAAUUUUUUUAAAUUAUAUUGGGAAAUUCCUUCAGCAGAGCUAUUGCAUGUGGAAAUGAGCACCUGAAUGCAGAGAGAUUGGAACACUGGGGAAAGUGUGAUUUAGGUAUUGUUUUUAAAUAACCUUUUUGCCUCAAUUUCUUUCAGUACCGCCAAAUACCUCAUGCUGCUUUCUUAGACCUUGCAUUUUCCCCAUUGUUGACACACAUCAGCACUAGUUUGGAAAAUGAUAGUGUGACAAAUCAUUUGCCUUUAAACAGGAGUGAUGUGACAGGCGACAGAUUGCUCCUGUGACCAGGUGGCCACAGUGAACUGCAUUUGCACCCAUUUCAAAGCAGUUAGGGACAAGGGACAAUUCUGGUGUACAAUCAAAGGAUAGUACUGUCCAGUUGCAACUUUGACUUGUGCAAUUGUGCUACUCUAGACACAAUCUUUUAAAAAUUAUCUAGCAGCCUGGUUGUAUCACAUCUACUCAAAAGUAAGUCCCACUGAGAUAACUAGGGAUUUGCCAUCCAGUAAAGAGGCUUCAGACUUUUGACUUUGACCUGGUUUUCCUGGUGAAUUCUGAAAAAAUAAUGGCAACAAAUAAUUCUGUGGGAGAGAAAUGAAAUGUGCACUUCAGUUAAACAGCAUUCUUGAAUGAAUUGCAAGCUAAGGCUGCAAGCUCAGCCACAGAGGUCAUAGAAAAGAACAAUUUUUGGUCCCCUUUUUAUAGUGCUUGAAUUUUAAAACAAAAAUCUGAAACUUUCCAGUAGCUCUUCUCUUUAGUUUUUUGAUCCAUUUUGUGUAACCUCCAUGUUUUUGGGGAAACUGGGUAUUCACGAGUGGCGUACAUGGAAUAACAUUCUGCAGCACAAAGAGUUGUAUCCAGUUAAAUCACUGCAUGUGAGGAACACACUCUGUGAGGGCAACAGAAUCUUCCCUCCCUGUUUUCUCACAUGCACACCCUAAAUCUCCAGACUACAUUGGGGGGUGCAGGAGACACCUGGGGGAGGGGGGAGUUAUGUUGUGCCAACAGAAGUCAUUCUGUGCUCAUAAUGAUUUAGUUGGAUACAACCCAAAUAGUUUUAUUGAUUGAUUUAACUAGGAUAAAGGAGGAUUCUUUUGCCCCAUGGAAGUACAUGCAUAUAUGCAUAUUCACACAAAUGUAUUAUGCAGUGUAUUUUUUUUAAUUAAACAGGCUUAAUAACUGUGGCAUGUUUCUUGGUGGUAUUAAGCAGAACAAAAUAGUAUUAAGAUCAGCCAAUUUACACUGAUCUUGGAAAAAUAGAUUUUUUUAAAAAUAAUUCCAAUAAAGUGCAAUAAAGUUGUAUGCCUAGGAAAACUGCCAAGUUAUAUUUCUACAUUUGGGAAAUGAUUCUGGAUUACAUUGUGACCGAAGAACAUUUUUAAUGUUAGUAUUAACGCAAUGUCUUGCCAGUGUUGAUGGAAUUUAUUGUACUAUUUUAAAAGUAUGCUGGUUGAAAUAUUAAAAGCAGUGACUGGCA